CAGGCUCUGCCCCGGCCGCGCCCCCGCAGCCCCAUGGAGCGGCCCCGCUGCCCGCGCUGAAGGCAUCCCCGACCCGCCCGCAGCGGCAGCCGGCGGAGGGAAGAGGUCCGUGGAGUUGAUGAGGAGCUGCUGGGAGUCGGGAGCUGCCUGGAACACAAUGCCCUACCCCGCUCCUGGCCUUGGGAAGUUGUGAGCUGCUCAUGUCCAUAAGGAGGAAGGAUGGCUCAUGGAAUUCCUUCACAAGGCAAAGUUACCAUAACGGUGGAUGAAUACAGCUCCAACCCAACGCAGGCGUUUACACACUACAACAUUAAUCAGAGCAGGUUCCAGCCUCCGCAUGUGCAUAUGGUCGACCCUAUCCCAUAUGACACUCCAAAACCAGCGGGCCACACGCGAUUUGUCUGCGUCUCAGACACACACUCCAGAACAGAUGGCAUCCAGAUGCCUUAUGGGGACAUCCUUCUCCACACGGGCGAUUUCACCGAACUGGGACUGCCCUCAGAGGUUAAGAAGUUUAAUGACUGGUUAGGAAACCUACCAUAUGAAUAUAAAAUAGUGAUUGCUGGGAAUCAUGAACUGACAUUUGAUAAGGAAUUCAUGGCAGACCUUGUUAAACAAGAUUACUACCGCUUUCCCUCUGUGUCCAAAUUGAAACCAGAGGACUUUGACAAUGUUCAGUCACUCCUGACAAAUAGUAUUUACUUACAAGAUUCAGAGGUAACAGUUAAAGGAUUCCGAAUAUACGGUGCCCCAUGGACACCGUGGUUUAAUGGAUGGGGCUUUAACCUACCCAGAGGUCAGUCUUUGCUAGACAAGUGGAACCUUAUUCCUGAGGGAAUUGAUAUACUAAUGACACAUGGACCUCCCCUUGGUUUUCGAGACUGGGUUCCAAAGGAGCUGCAGAGAGUGGGUUGUGUGGAACUGUUGAACACUGUGCAGAGACGAGUAAGGCCCAAACUCCAUGUCUUUGGGGGGAUUCAUGAAGGUUAUGGCAUUAUGACAGACGGUUACACAACGUACAUCAAUGCUUCAACGUGUACAGUAAGCUUUCAACCAACCAACCCUCCAAUUAUAUUUGACCUUCCAACCCCUCAAGGAUCAUGAAGCACUACUGCACAUUUGGAACUGGGGAAGGUCUAUAAACUGCCAUUUUCUAAUUAUAAAACUUACAUUCUGUUACAUGUUUA